AUGGACCCUGGUAUGGAGCCUAUGCAAGCUACGAGUGGUGAUGCUUUUGUUGCGACCGAAGACGAAUCUCCGACCAUGGCUUUCCUUAGGGCCAAGAAGACUGGCGGGGUCAUGAAUUCAGGUUCCAACCAUUCUGUGCCCUUGGUGGAUAAGCCUGAAGUCGUCAUUCCCAGCGAAGAGCCACUAGACCUUGAUCCAAUGAUGGACUUUCAAGUACUUGCGAAUCAUCAGGGAGAAGGGUUUCAUGAUGAUGCCGGUUCCAUUGAUCCUCUCGAUGCUUUUGACAUUCAAGAUUUGGAGUUGUCAGGUGACGACGCGAACCUUGUGGACAUGGCCUUGCGCUCUCCCGACCAUAGCCACUCGACUGAUUUCGACAACCACAGCCACUCCACUGGUUUUCAUGGUUCUGUCGCUUCUGGAUUGUCGCUUGAUCAUGGCCAUGGAGCCAUGUAUGAAAACGACGAAGAGUUACAAAGAAAGACAGAGCAAAUACGCAAGGAAACCAUGGAAUCCUUAAACAAAUCCAUGUCGUCUUUGAAUGACGCUUUUGGAAGACUCACUGCGAGUAUGGAUCGCACGAACAAGACACGAGAACUGCUCAAACAAUUUGAAGAUCAACAAAACCCAUUGGAAGAACUCCGCAAAGAUGCAGCACUCACUGGUAUUGCUCCUACACCCAGUAUUACGGGUGUUGCAAUUGGCGGUAGUCGACGAAGACGUGGAUUAGAACGAAGGGGCUCGAAUAGCAGUCUUACCUCCCUCGGCAGCAGAGGUUCCCUCGGCAGUCGUGGCCGAAAGAGUCGGGACAAGACCACGCGCAAGGCCAAGAGAAACGUCAAGAGUGACGCUAGAAGUCGCAGCAAUAGCAGAAGUUCUUUGGGUCGACUGUCUCGGGACAACAGUAAUCGUUCUCUGGGUGGUAUGCCGGACCAAAUUAUUGUGAGGGAAUCAUGA